GAUAGGUCGCUCUACCCCGAUGACACUCGGACGCUGGAGACGAACCGCGACCGCGCUACAAUCGAUUCCUACUACUUCCAUGCUGAUGGCUCACGUGAGUCAGUGUGGAGUAAGCGUGCGAGCUUCCUCGACGAUGAGCGCAGCGGCGAGGUGCGCGAGCGAUUCGUGCGCGGUGUAGCGGCGAUGUACGGUGGAGACGGGCGGGAGAGGGAGACAAUCCCUCCCGUUCCUAAGCUGCCGUUUUGA